AUGGUGGCGAUCUCGAUGUACCGCGGCAACCUCCACAUUGGCGGUCACGACAGCGGCGCCCCUGCCCCGCGCCGGUGGGAGGCGCCCCGGCCGGCGCUCGACGCGAAGCGGUUCCGCCGCCUCGUGCGCAACCGCUCCCGCGCCGUCGCGCGCCUCGCCGCGACGCCGCCGCGGCAGGUCUCCCAGUCAUCCUCGGACUUGAAUGGCGGCCGUGGCGCUGCCGAUCCCGAGCGAGAGGCACCGGAUGAGGAGGAAGGGGACGAGGGGGGAGAAGAGGAGCAGGGACAGCUGCAGCAGGACCAGGAACGUGAACAUCAGCAGCAUCAGGAGGAACAGGGGAAUGGGGAGGCGGAGCAACAGCAACAGGAGCAGCAGCAGGAGGAAGAGGAGGAGCAGGAGGAGGGGGCGGUGGAGGACGCGGACAUGGAAGAUGCGGGGGAGGUAGUUGUUGAAGGGGAUGGUAAUGGCGAUGCUGAAGAAGGUCAGGGUGAAAGUGAAGGUGUUGACCCAAACCAGGAGGAGGUGAGUUAUCCUGAUGGAAUUGAUGAGAAGAAGAGAAAGCUUAACGAAAAGCUGGACGUCCUAAAUAAAAAGAAGCAUGGCCUUGUGCAGAUGCUGAAGCAGGUCUUAAAUGCAGAAGAAGAAAUCCAAAGGCGUAGCAUGCAGGCUUCAUUGCAUGCUGCCAUGCCUCAGCCGUCAGAAAAUGCAACAGAUGGAAGUUCUGUUUCUAGGUUGGCCCCUAGAAUGACUGUUGAUGUCAAUUUUGGUGAUGUUGCUGGCGAUUCAGAUGCUGGUUCUAACCAGGGCACGCCUGGACGCCCCUUGCAUCACUUCCACAGUAUCUCUCCUUCAACAGCCUCUUUUGCGAGGUCACCGUUUGGUUCUCUACAGGGCCACACUCCAAGGAGUCCGGCAACAUUCUCUACGGCAAGUCCAUCACGCUUCGCCACAAAUAUACACCAAGGACAACCUCCUGCUCUUUAUUCAGCAUCAUUGCCAGGAAGUAACUAUGUAGCCCCAUCACCUUCCCCGGCCGCAUCUGGUGGUUCUUCCUCGGUGUUCAGGGACCCUCGCCCACCUAACUCUACAUAG